AUGCGAAUUGGGGAUGCCGGGGGGCGCAGCGACACCGACCAGCAGCCCUUGCCGCGCAGGCACUGCUUCGGAGCCUUCGGCUCCCGAGCCCAGGGCCUGUGCUGGGCGGAUGAGAGCACGCUUGCCUACCUGUGCGGCCAAUCGGUGGUCCUCUACCAGCCCGACACCAAGGCCCAGCGCUUUGUGGCGGGCAGCCCAGACGCCGCUACCAUCACGGCCAUUGCGGUCUGCCCCUCCCGGCGCCUGUUGGCCCUGGCGGAGCGAGGGGAUAAGGCCACCGUCACCGUCUUCGACCUGCAGACCCUCAAGCGCCGCAAGAUCCUGACCAGCAGCGCCGAGGGCACCAAGGCGGGCGGCGGCGGCGGUUGGCGGCGGGAAUUUGUGAGCGUGGCCUUCAGCAGCGAUGGGCGCCUCUUGGUCGCCCAGGGAGGCGCGCCCGACUGGACCCUGUGCCUGUGGGCCUGGGAAAAGUCCAAGCUUCUGGCCACUGCCCGCACCGUCAGCCAGCAGGGACACACCGUGGUGCAGUGCCUGUUCCAGCCAGGCGACGACCCGCAGCACGUCAGCGUGGUGGGGGAGGGCACGUGCUGCCUGUACCGCCUGGAGGAGGGCCACACGCUGCGCGCGCUGCCCAACUUGCUGUCCAAGCGGGACGCCCCGCAGUACGCCUGCCACGCCUGGCUGCUGGACAACGACGCAGAGGGAGUGGUAGUGGUGGGCACCAGGAAAGGAGAGGUGCUGGUGGUGGCGGAGGGCGACGUGUGGCAGGCGGUGGCGCUGGAGGAGGGGUGCGGCGUGGAGGCGGUGGCGGCGUAUGGCAAGGGGUUUGUGGCGGGCACGAGCCGCGGCGCGCUGCUGGCGUUUGAGCGGGACAGCGAGUCCAAGCCGUACCGCCUGUCCCGCACCUACAGCAUCGACAGCACCAGCCCCACCGGCGGCCUGCCGACAGCCAGGGACGGCGCUGCGGGCGGCGCAUCCGGUUCUGCGGCUGGCGCCGGCGCCGGCGCGCCAGCCCGGGGGCCGGCGCCGGCGCCCUCGGGAGCGCCGCCCGCCGCCCUUUCCUCCCACGUCCGCGCCUGCAGCCUGGCUGUCUCACCGGUAGACGACAGCGUGGCGUGCCUCACCUCCAACAACCAGCUGCUGACGCUGGCGGUGGCGCCGGGCGAGCGGCGCGGCGCCUUCACGGGCCUGCAGCGCCUGGCGCCGGGGUUCCACGGCAGCGAGGUCACGGGGCUGGCCACGUGCGUGCGGCGCGCGGUGGUGGCGACAGCCGGCGCCGACCGCACCGUGCGCAUCUGGAACUAUGCAGACAAGUCUGCGGAGCUGGUGGGUGGGCAGGCGGGCGGGGGGUAUCCCGAGGGGUAUCCCGAGGGGUAUCCCGAGGGGUUGGUCAAGGCGUUUGAGGAGGAUGUGCUGAGCCUGGCGCUGCACUCCACCGGCUACCUGCUGCUGGCGGGCUGCGCCGACAAGCUGCGCCUGAUGACGGUGCUGGCGGACGACCUGCAGGUGGUACGCGAGCUGCCCAUCAAGGCCGCCCGCGACUGCUGCUUCUCCACCGGCGGUCAGUACUUUGCAGCCACCAACGGCAACACGGUGCACGUGUACUGCACCUAUACCGCCGCCAGCCUGGCGGUACUGCGCGGCCACAACGGCAAGGCCAGGUGCCACGGCCUGUGGUGGCCUCCAGACGAUGCCACGCUGGUGACAGCCGGCAUGGACGGCGCGGUGUAUGAGUGGCGGGUGCUGGAGGGGCGGCGCACCCGCGACUUUGUGCAGAAGGGGUGGAACUACACCUGUGUGGCCGGCACGCACGCUGCCGGCUCCACCGCCGCCACCAGCGCGGCGGCUGCCAGCGGCCCCGCCGCCUCCAUCUUUGCCGCCGCGCUGGACCGCAAGCUGCGUGUGCUGGAGGACGGCGCCGGCGGCGGGCUGCAGGUGGCUGCUGAGGUGGAUGCCGGCACGGUCAUCACCCAGAUUGUGGCACCCGGUCCAGGCGGCCGCCUGCUGUUUGCCGCCACCGACGACGGCGCGGUGCGGUGCUACAAGCUGCCGCUGGGCCCCGCCUGCGAGUGCCAGGUGCUGCGGUGCGGCGGCGCACCCAUCACGCGCCUGGCGGCGACGCGCGACGAGGCCACGCUGUUUGCCGCCACCGCCGACGGCUGCCUGUUUGUGUUUGAUGUCAAGGACCGCGACGCCGCCCGCUUCCUCACCCGCAAGGAGGGCGAGGCUGUGGCGUUUGGGGAGGAGGUGCUCGUGGGGCGGGGCGACAUCGAUGAGCGGCGGGAGCGCAUGGCUGAGCUGGAGGCUCAGGUGGCGGAGGUGACUGCCCAUAACGAGUACCAGCUGAAGCUGAAGGAUCUGGCACUGAACGAGAAACUGCGUCAGCUGACGGACAAGGCCGCCAGCGAGGCGGCGGAGGCGGCGCAGAGGUACAACGCGCUGCUGGCGGACCGAGCUGAGCUGGAAGCCCGGUACGAGGCGCGCCUGCGGGACGGCGAGGAGGCAGCCGCCGCGCAGCUGGUGGCCCUGGACUCCCAGUUCCAGCAGAAGCUGGUGCAUGAGAUGGAGCGGGUGCAGGAGGCGGGGGCGGCCAAGGACGCGCUCAACGCCAAGUGGGAGGGUCAGAUGCGUGCGCUUGUGGAGCAGCAUGCCCGGGUGGUGGAGGAGCUCGGGGUGGCCCACCAGGCGGCCCUGGCUGCGGAGCGGGCGCGGUACGGCGCGCUGGCGGCCGAGAAGGGCGACGGGGAGCGGGAGGCGGCGGAGGUGCGGCGGCAGAUGGAGGAGGAUGUGGAUCGGGAGGUGGAGGAGCUCAAGGAGAGGUACCGCAAGCAGCUGCAGGCCGAGGGGGACACCAGCCUGCAGCUCAAGGGCGAGAACGGGCUAAGCCGGCGACUGCUUCGGCCGCCCGAGCAGCAGCUGAGGGUGCGUGCCAGCCGGCGUCUGGUGGCGGCUCUGCCGCUGCGGCAGCAGCGGGGCCGCAGCCGGUGCAGCCGCCAGCCGUAG